UUGGAUCAAUCUCGGUUCAGCUUGGUCAAUGCUCCAAAUUGCUGUCAUUAAAUUUGAGCUGGAAUUCAUUGAAUGGAAGCAUUCCAUCUCAAAUUGGUGAUCUAGUAUCCUUACAAAUUCAAUUGGACCUUAGUCAUAACUCAAUUAGUGGAUCGAUACCACCAGAGCUUGCAAAGUUGAUGAUGCUGGAAAUUUUGAACUUAUCCCAUAAUAUGAUCAUAGGCUCAAUACCUUUUUCUCUUGAAAAUAUGGUUAGCUUAGUAUCUCUUGAUCUAUCCUACAAUGAGUUAGAGGGUGUUGUUCCCAACACUAGGGUUUUUAGAAAUGCUUCUUCACCUCAAGCAUUUAGAAACAAUAAGGGGUUAUGUGGUGAACUUCAAGGUCUACUUCCUUGCAAUCCAUCUCUUACAAGCAAAGGAUUGAAAAAAAAUGGACAUAAAGUCGUCAUAUCCAUCGUUGCUUCUUUGAUAGGACUUUUGUUCCUAAUAUUUGCAAUUAUUGGCGUUUUCUUCCUCUUGCGAAAAAAAGUGAAAAAAGGGAAUAUAGAACAAGCAAGAAGAAACCAUGGAAAUGUAUUUUCAAUAUGGAAUUUUGAUGGAAAGAUUGCUUAUGAGGACAUUAUUCAAGCAACAGAGGAUUUUGAUGCCAAAUAUUGCAUUGGAAUUGGAACUUAUGGGAGUGUUUACAAAGCAGUGCUACCUACUGGCCAUGUAGUCGCCUUGAAGAAGUUCCAUCCGUUGGAAGGUGAGAUGAUAGUUGAUGAUGAAAGCUUUGAGAAUGAGAGUCGUGUGUUAACAGAAAUAAGGCAUCGAAACAUAGUCAAACUUUAUGGAUUCUGCUUUCAUCCACGAUGCAUGUUUCUUGUUUAUGAGUACAUGGAAAAAGGAAGCAUAGCACGUAUCUUAAGCAAUCAAGCAGAGGCUAUUGAGUUUGAUUGGCAGAAAAGAGUAAAUGCCAUAAAAAGUGUGGCCGAUGCUUUGUCUUACUUGCAUCAUGAUUGCAAUCCCCCAAUAAUUCAUCGGGAUAUUUCAAGCAAAAAUAUAUUGCUGGACUUGGACCUUGAGGCUCAUGUAUCUGAUUUUGGCAUUGCAAGAUUAUUAAAGCCAGACUCAUCUAAUUGGACGUCACUUAAAGGAACUCAUGGAUAUAUUGCUCCAGAGCUUGCAUACACCAUGGCUUUAACUGAGAAGUGUGAUGUAUAUAGUUUCGGAGUAGUGGCAUUAGAAACAAUUAUGGGAAAGCAUCCAAGGGAGCUCAUCUCAUCCUUAACAUCAUUAGUUGGCCAAAAGAUUCUACUAAGGGACAUGUUAGACCCAUGCCUCACCUUUCCAUCAGACCAAAAUGUUGCAAAGGAUGUGUGA